GAACAGGAAAAUAAAGUAUUCUGUCCUUGACGACGAUGGCUACUGCUACAAAAAUUAUCCAGAGGCUCAGAAAUCUUUUAUCGGGGCAUGAUCUGCAAGCAAAGCUACAGUUGCGUUACGGUGAGAUUGCAAAGAGGACCCUACCACCACCCAAACUUCCUGUUGGGCCCAGCCACAAGUUUGCCUUCAAUUACUAUAAUGGCAGAGAUGGGCGUAGAGAGUCUGCACCAGCAAUGGUUGUGAUGACGUGUCAAAAGGCUUUGAUUGCUUGUACUACGGAUAUUACUGGAUUGUUCCAAGCUCUGGAGGUGCCAGCAAAGCGUCCAGUCACACCUGGAAAUGUUCCCAGGGAGCUAACGCUGUCUACAGACCAACCAUACCUCUGAACAUUGUUUUUUCCUGACUUAUUGUAGGUCUGACAGCAGAGCACAAUGUUGCUAUCACUAUUGUAAAAUAUUAAAUUAUGUUUGAAGAAA